AUGAAGAGCUUCAAGCCUCUGAACCGGGCACUUCAAGCAGCCACCACCACCUACCCCACGUACUCACAUCCCCUCCGCAGCACCUGUUACCUUCAAGCACAGAAAAUUCCUCAAACAGAGGACCUCAUCCUCGAAAGGUGUAUUCUCAACCCCGAACGAGCAGAAACCUGCCAAUCAGGUACAGAUGACGAAGUCGGGCGUCACAAAUCUCCAUACGACCCGUCCAAAACAGCACCUGAGAAGGAACACCUCGCGUUGGAGGAAGAAUACAGAUUGGAAGGGGAUACUAUUCAUGACCCGCUUUUUGUCAGUCCUGCAAAUAGGGAUUUCAGUCAGCUUUUGGAUCCAAUGGCUGGCGUCCAUGGUUUACAACACUUGAGGAGUGUCAAGGGCUGGACUAGAAAGGGGAAGGAGGCACUUCUAAGAAAGGCGCCAUACGAAAUGAGGAAAUAUGAGAAUGUAUUUUUUGAGCUUAGGAAGCCGCAUCAAAAGGUUUGGUUUUGA